CACACACGCGACUGGCAUUGCAGCGUGCACACAGCCAAACGCGUCGCCUCAAAGCGCUGCAAUUAUACGUUAGUAGCAUUGGUGCACGAAUCAAUCGAAACGCGACAACAACACAGCAGUGGCAGGAUGCGCCUACUAUUACUCCUCGCAACAGCAUUAAAAUGCACAUACGCCUUCCGAGGCCCAGCCCUCGCCCCGCUGGCAAAACCGCCGAAGUUGCUCGCGCCGCCGCGGGCCGCGGCCGUCGCGAUCGAGGCCGACGCCGACGCGCCGCUGCCGCGUGCGCUGCUGCCGGUCACGCUGAGCGUGUUUGCGCAGAUGAUCGGCGAGGGUAUUGCGAUUGCGACGCUGCCGCUGCACCUGACGCGCCUCGGCGCGAAGCCCGUCGAGGUGGCCCUCGCGACGUCGUUCUUUAGCGUGGCCCAGAUGGUCUGCUGCCCGUUGCUGGUGCGACGGUCGGGCGGCGCGGGCGGCCGCGGCCAGACGCUCUGCCUCUGUUUGGCCGGCGCGACGCUGGGCAACGUCGGCAUCGCCAUGUCGCCGUCGGUCGCGGCGAUCGUCGUCUGCCGCUUCCUGUGCGGCGCCUUCGCCGCCAGCGUGCCCGUGGCCCAGGCCGCGGCGACGGAGCUCGUGGCGCCGGCGCAAGCGCCCGCGGCCCUCGCGCGCGUCGCGGCGUCGUCGCAGAUGGCCGUGGUCGUCGGGCCGUCCUGCGCCGCCCUGCUCAUGUCGGCCUUCGCGGCGGCGGGCGUGCCCCAGGCUUUUCGAUUACGCGCGGUCUUCUUGACGGCCUCGGUCUUCGCGGCCGGCGUGCUGGGCGUGCUGGCCAGGUCCUUCCAAGCAACAGCCGCAAAAGCACAAGCAAUCGCGUCCCAGGACGAGCCGGCGCUCAAGGUUGAGCAGAAGCAAGUCGCGCCUACGAAGCCGGCGCCCGGGAUCCUGCCCGGCGUGUCGGCGCAGUUCGCGCUCCGGUCCAUCGCGCUCGUCGUCGGCUGGUCGCUGACGCUGUCGGUCUACUGCUACGGGUUGUUCGCGCCCAAGUUUAUGGGGUAUGAUCAACCUCAAUUAUCAGCGACGUUCUCGGCCGGCGCGCUGACGACGAUCGCGGCCCAGGUGCUCUUUCCGACCUUAGUCAGGCGCAUCGGCCCGCACCUGACGUCGUGCUUCGGCUUGCUCACGCUGUCGCUGGGCAUGGCUUCGCAAAGCAUCGUGCGAGCGCAGCCGCUCCACUCGCUCUUUUACCUGAUAAACCGCGCGGGCGCCGGCAUCUCGGACACGUCCACAGCCACAUUGGUAGCAAGGACGUCGCCGACGGCCGACGCGCGCGCGAAGAACCUAGCGCUGAUCCAGUCGACGCCGGUGUGGAAAUCAACCAGUGUGCGUCGCGUCGAUGGCGUGGAGGUCGACGCGGCGAUUCAGGACGCACCGUAAAAUUUCCGCACAGGUCGACGCGCGCCGCGGCGCGCAUCUUCACUCCAGUCGUCUCGGGCUCGCUCUUCGCGGCGUCCUGCGGCUUCCGCCGCUUCCCGGGCGGGCUGCCCUUCCUGACGAACGCGGCGUGCGCUCUACUAGCGGUGCCGAUCCCCCUGCUGCUCCGGCGGGCUGAGCGGCGCGCCGACGCGAAGGCGAAGGGGUCGGGCGUCGAGCAGCUCUACUGACCCCAGCAUCGAUCGUGUUCAUAUUUAUAAGUUUUAGGUCUCUAAACC